AUGGUUGACCCGUUUGCAGUGAAUCUGCCAGAAUUUUUGAUCAAAAUUGAUGACGAGGAAGAACUGCCACCAGGUAUUAUAGCACUAAUUGUUGAAAAAGUUGACGCAAGUCUGAUUCAGGUUGUGGCGAAAAAGAAUAUUAUCAUGAAGGGUGCAGAUGGGAAGGAAGUUCGUGUAGUGGCGUUGAUCAAGAAAGGCGCGGAUGACAAUCUGCUCGCCAACGUGGCUAAUUAUUUUGCUGAGAAGCGUGGCGAAGUGGUGGAAAAGCCAAAAGCAAAACCGGAGGCGCCGGUGAAAGAGGUCUGGGAAGACCAGUACGGAAACAACGUUAAAAUAACUGAAAGCAUAAAGAAGUUGAAAGUGACAACGGAGGAAGCGCUACGUAAAGACGAAGACAAAAAUCUGGCGGAAAAGCGUCGCAAACAGGAAGUUCGGAUGCUAGGCAUAUCGAGAAUGGAAACGUUGUACAAAAAGGAAGUGGAAAAAACGACGCUCGAAGCAACGAAUUUGGACAACCGGGAAACACUAAUCAAAAUACUAAAGGAUAACAAAGAGGAAGAAGUGACAAUCCAGCACACUCAGUGUAUGUACCCAUCUACUCAUUCACUAAAUCCAGACUAA